AUGGAGCACCCCCUUGCAGAUCAUGACUUGAACAAGACCUUUGGCAUGGACCUGUUCGGGCGUGUCAAGCAUUUGGCAUCCAUGAACUGGGAGCACCAGAGCUUUGCUUUCGGCGCCGUGAUAGGUGCCUUCGCGGAAGAGAUCCAAGCGCGUCGUAUGUUCAACCAGUAUUUGUCACAUUCUCGGCCGCAAUCCUGGCAAGGGCCGCUUGUGCACUACAACAGCUGGUACGACUUCACUUCUUGGCAGGACCAGUCCUUCUUCGACCCACGGCGUGCAGCCUCAGUCCAGCAACGCCUUUGGCUGGCGGAACUGUUAGGCGAAUUGUCGCAAGACCAAAUGAACGAGACAUCUGCUCUGCGCAAGAUUGACAUAUUUCAUGAGGAGCUGGCUGGCAAGCGCGGAGUACAGAUUGAUUCUUUCUUGUGGGAUGAUGGUUGGGAUGACCCCCAACGAGGGAUGUGGGCCUUCAACGUGGACCGAUUCCCAAACGGCUUUCAGAACCUAGUCCGGGCAGCUGACUCAAGGAACUGCAGCAACGGCAUUUGGCUUUCGCCCUGGGGUGGCUAUGGGGAGGCAAAGGACGUGCGAGUAGCUGAAGCUAAACGUCAAGGCCUGGAAGUUAACGAGCAUGGCCUCUCUCUGGCAGGCCCUCGGUAUAGAGAGAAGUUCACAGCAGCAGCGGCAAGUUUCCGACACGAAGCAGGUGUGAACUUGUUCAAGUUCGAUGGCAUUGCAGGCGACCCGAGUGAGGUUCCUGGUGAGAUCGAGGCCAUGCUCUCGUUCUCGCAGGAACUCCGAGAAGUGGCGCCAAAAGGCAACGUCGCCAGACAGAGGAGUGCAGCCGCAAAGGGUCGAAUCUGGAUCAACCUGACCACGGGGACGUGGCCGAGUCCUUUCUUCUUGCUGUGGGUGGACAGCAUUUGGCGGGGUCACCGAGACGUUCUUGCAUUCUCUGCAGAAGAACGGCCCGGAUUGACUAUCCGGCAGCGCUGGCAGCUCUUUCGUGAGUGCAUCAUCUCAGCGGCCAUAGUGCAACGGGCCCGCUUCUUCCCAAUCGCGCGCCUUAUGAUUCACGGCAGUGUGCUAUCAAAGCAUGGCGACGCCCGGGCACUGGGGCUCAACCUUGCCAACGACUUGGAUUGGGCACAGGAAGUGUGGUCGCAUGCUUCAUUGGGACUGUUGCUGCAGGAGCUCUACAUCUCGCCGGACCUGAUGGAUUCAAAACGGUGGGAUGUACUGUCUGGAGCGCUCAAGUGGGCACGGGAUCACUAUGCAACACUUGAAGACACGCACUGGGCGAUCUCACAAGGAUGUAACCAGCAGCCAUACGGAUGGGCAGCUUGGCGAGAUGGCCUGGGCUUCCUGACUCUGCGAAAUCCAUCUGCAAAAUCCGUGAGAACGGAGCUCUUCAAGCUGGGAGAUGCAUUUGAGCUUCCAUCAAGCACAGAGGGCCAGCUCCAGUUUCGUCUAAUCAAGCGUCUGACGGGGUCAACUGGCAAAUGGCGGUGUAGCUCGGUUCGGGGAGCCAAGAAGAUGCAGGGCACUUGUGUGAUUUCUUCUCAGCAGCAUACCCAGGUAAGUUUGAAUGAUGCAGAGCUGGUGAUUCUUGAGUUCCGCGUGCGCCCGUCUCAGCCCCAUCUGGAGAGCCACGGAACUCGAUCCGAGUUGUAA